GAUGGACAAUCAGCCGCCCCUCACAUCACCAGGUGGACACGAUGUUCGGAUAACCUCAGAGGAAGAUCUUGUGUACUCUCCAGACUAUAACACAAUAAUAGAUAACGGGAUCAUCCAAUGUUCUCCAGAAGUAAAGCCCUCAUCUCAAAAUAUUCACCACAUAGUUUGCUGUGCCGAUAUCUCAGUAGAUCCUCCGGAUCCUCCAGAUACUUCCUACAAUUUCCAUCCCGAUAACCCCAAUUUUUAUCCCGGAGAUCGUAAUGUCUAUCGAUCUAACGUUGACGUUGAGUGUCCUUUCGACAAGUUCCAUGCUAUUUCCCCGAAUAUUUUUCCAAGAAUUCACCUUCCGGCUGGGACUCUAGAUCCUUAUAAUCCCGAAGAACCUUCUCCUAAUGACUUCGAUGCCGUUGUCGUGAAAAUCGAAGAGGUCUUUCCAUAUUCUAUGGACGACGACGGCUUAACCUCGGCCUCAACGAAGGCAGGAGAGCGCCCGUUUUCGCGCUCCCAGUGCGGCAAAUGUUUUGACGCGAAAUCCUACCUCGACUGCCACGAAAAAGUUCACGGCGGACUGCGCCCCCAUCCGUGUUCGGAGUGCGGGAAGAGCUUUGCGUCGAAAUCGCAUCUUACAAGACAUGCGAUUAACCACACGGGGGCGCGGCACUAUUGCUGCCCGGAGUGCAGGAAGUCUUUCUUGCACAAAAGCGACCUCGCCAGGCAUCUGAGGCACCACACGGGGGAGAGGCCUUACGUGUGCUCGGAGUGCGGCCUGUAUUUCAUGCAGAAGGGUCACCUGACCAGACAUCUCAAGGUUCACACGGGCGAGAAACCCUUUUUGUGUACGGAGUGCGGGAAAUGUUUUCCUCGGAAAGAUACGUACAUAAAUCACCAGCAAGUCCAUAUGGACAGAAUGAUGUAUACGUGUGAGGAGUGCGGGAAAGGUUUUGCGCUCCGAAGUAUGUUUAUUCUACACCAGCGAACCCACUCAAGGGAGCAGACAACCAAAUCCGAAUGUGGGGGGCUUCAAAGCGUUGAGAAGAUCUUUCCAUGGUCGGAGAGUGAGAUGUCGGACCUUGUAGGACCUCAUGGGGUUCACUCCGCCAAUGAACCUUCUGAACCCGUCCCCCAUACCCAUGUCAAAGUCCGCACUGUAGAGAAGCCGUUUUUGUGUUUAGAGUGCGGGAAAGGUUACCGCCAGAAAAGACACCUGCUUACGCACCAGAGGAUUCACACGGGCGAGCUUCCUUUUAAGUGUUCAGAGUGCGCGAAAUGCUUCAACGAGAAAAGAUACCUUGUUAAUCAUCAAAGGAAUCACAUCGGCUUGCGGCCUUUUUCGUGUUCACAGUGCGGGAAGAGUUUUACGUGGAAGGAGAGCCUUAUCAGGCACAAGAAGUUUCACAACGGAGUGCGUCCCCAUUCAUGUUCAGUGUGCGGGAAAGGUUUUACUCAGAGAGGAGACCUUAUUAGACACCAGAGGACCCACGUGGACAAGUUUUUAUCAUGUUAAGGGGGAAGGAAAUGGUUUCUGUCACGCCGAAAAAACGAUUUUAUUAAACAGCAGUAAAAUCACCUGAG